AUGGCUCAACAAUGUUCAUUUACAUGAUAAAAUAUACUAGCGUGCCUCUAGGCAACCAAAAUUUCCUUCGCAUAAUUGCCAGGUUACCGAGUGCACAUGGCAAGAUGGCGAACACUAAGAGAAAGAUCGGUGGAGAGGACACGAACAUUACGUUUGAAGAUCAACAACAAAUUAACACAUUUGCACGGAAAAGUGCCAGAAUCCAAGAGCUGAAAGAUGAAAUUGAACAAAAAAAACAGAAAGAUCUUCAGAAUCUUGAAGAUGCUGGUGAUGAAGUGAUGUUGUUGGAUGAUGACACUGCACCAAUUCCUUACAGAAUAGGGGAAAUAUUUAUCCAUUUAUCAUCGGAGGAAACUCAAGAAUACCUUGAGAAUGCAAAAUCCAAGAUACAAGAUGAAAUAAAAUCCUUGGAAUCCGACACUGCCGAAGUCAAACAGCUCCUGGCUGAUCUUAAAGUGAAACUUUAUGCCAAAUUUGGCAAUAAUAUCAAUUUGGAGGCAGAGGAGGAGUGAAAAGUGAAAAUUUAAGAUUAGCCCUGAUGUUUUCCAAUUUAACUGUGUCAUGAUUGAUAAAAUAUCUGUUCAAACAUUUGUAGAGUCUGGACAAGAGUAUUUGGAGUUGAGAGCCACAGCAAGUGUAACUGUGUUUUUGAAAGGUAAUUGUAGACAAGAACAUAUUUGAAUAAAAUGUAUAAAAGAAA